UGGAGUUUGUGCCUUUUUGUUUUGGUUUUUUGGGGAUUUUUAAAGAAAUCUUUGACUAAAGGCUGUUUUGGGAUUUUAUUGUGAAGGAUCAAUAUCCAUUAUUUUUUAAAAAAAAACUUUUGGAAAGAGCCAAUGGGAGCUAAGUUUACCAUCUGCUGCUGCCACUAUCUGAAACACAACCAAGAAGAGAGGAAUGCUAUUUUGCGGAUGCACAGCACUCCCAGGCCACUUGAGCAGCUAUCCAGUGGGUCUAGUGACAGUGAGACAGAAGAGAAGAACAUAUUUGGACCACCACCACCUUCAAAAACGAGUCAGUGGAAAAACCAGCAAAGCCAGAGGAGCACCGCUGAUCAGCGGGCCAUCGCAGACAGAGCCGAAAACACUCCCAUCAGUCAGGGACUGGAUCGAGAGUUACAGGCUUUCAUCAGCAUGAGAGACCAGACUGACGAGGCUACGGAGGAAUGGGAGAAGUUGAAUUAUGACAUACACACCUUGCGCUAUGCCAAACGAGAGGUCAGAGCUCGGUGGAAGAAAAUCCUGCUUCAGCUCGGUUACCAGUGUGAGGUGGACGCCUUGCUGUGUGUGAACAAACAGCGCCGAUUCAGUCGAGAUGAAGAACAUCUUAACAAAGCGACUGAACUGUUGACGCAGCUGCUGGACCACACCUCUCUGUUCCCUCCUGGAACAGGACACCAGAACCGAUACCUCUGUAUCAUGGACCACCUGGUGUUGCUGGACAGCGCUGAGGACUUUGUCAGACUGGCCAAGGAAAAAUAUCCCAAGAAAGAAGGCUGAGAAAAUGUGCCAAAGACCGAAGGAGUCCUUUAAAGAAAGUGGACUCAUGCUGUUUUAACACAUUUGACCACAUUUCAGUUUUAAUUUAAAUCCUGAAGUUUAAUUCUAACCGAAAACCCCUUUUUGUCCCAGCUCAGUCUGUUAACUUGUGCUUGUGUUGUUUGGCUUAUACAAUUUGUAAAAUACAAAAGUAAAUACUAUUUUUAAUAUUUAUUUUUUAUGUCUACAUCGUCACAUCAUUUUUAACUAAAUCCAUAUUUUUCAAAGAUAAUAAAAAUUAUUCAGUAAAAACUAAAAUAACCUUUGAAACUAUAUUAUUUAUCUCUAUAUGUACAGUAUUUUACACAUAAACCAUUUAAAUGUAUUUAAAAAUCCUCUUUAACACUCGUUUGUUAACACUUGUAGGAGUAAACUGUUUAUUUUCUGUCAUAUUGGGUUGUUUCCCGUC